UUGACCCUAAAGCUGGCAACAGUGGUGAUGUGUUUCCCUUGUUUGUGUGUGAGUGUGAUGUCUCCGCCAUUGAAAUUCAUUUUAGCCGAGAAUUGAAAUAGGUUGUACCUUUUACAAAUCGGCAAAUAUCUUCAUAAUCUUUCUUCCUUUGCCUGUUCUAUUUAGCUAUAUUCCGUGCACCACAAUUAUAUCCGAUGGCAGACAGAGACACAGAUGAGUUAAACAUCGAUAACGUAAUAAAAAAAUUAUUAAAAGUUCGGGGCGAAAAGCCUGGAAUGAAUGUACAGUUAACGGAAAUAGAGAUCAAAGGGCUAUGCUUGAAAUCGCGGGAAAUAUUCUUGUCACAACCGAUAUUACUUGAAUUGGAAGCGCCGCUAAAAAUUUGUGGCGACAUUCACGGCCAAUACUACGACUUACUAAGGUUGUUCGAAUACGGAGGCUUCCCACCAGAGUCGAACUAUCUAUUUCUCGGGGACUACGUGGACCGCGGCAAGCAGUCGUUGGAGACGAUAUGUUUGCUCCUCGCCUACAAGAUCAAGUACCCAGAGAACUUCUUCCUUUUACGUGGCAACCAUGAGUGUGCUAGCAUUAAUAGGAUUUAUGGAUUCUACGACGAAUGCAAAAGGAGGUAUAACAUCAAGUUAUGGAAAACAUUCACAGACUGCUUCAACUGCUUACCGGUUGCUGCGAUAGUUGACGAGAAGAUAUUCUGCUGCCAUGGCGGUCUCUCCCCCGACCUGCAGGCGAUGGAACAGAUCCGGCGGAUCAUGAGGCCCACUGACGUGCCCGACCAGGGCUUGCUCUGUGACCUGCUGUGGUCAGACCCUGACAAGGACACUGCCGGCUGGGGCGAGAACGAUCGUGGUGUCAGCUUUACAUUCGGAACUGAGGUGGUAGGCAAGUUCCUGUCGAAGCACGAGUUCGACCUGAUCUGCCGCGCGCACCAGGUCGUGGAAGACGGCUACGAGUUCUUCGCCAAGAGGCAGCUCGUCACGCUGUUCUCGGCGCCUAACUACUGCGGCGAGUUUGAUAACGCAGGAGCCCUCAUGUCAGUGGACGAGACGCUAAUGUGCUCGUUCCAAAUCCUAAAGCCGGCCGACAAACGCAAGUUGUACUCGGGCCUCAACAUGGGCCGGCCCAACACGCCGCCCCGCGCCCAGCCCAAGAACAAAAAGAAAGAUAUUAUAUGAAGCCGCCACACGCAAAGUUAAUCGCCCCUCCCCGCGCCCGCGACGCUCCGCCGCCGCCUCGCAUGGACCCACCUACAUAAUGACUACCUACCGACACAUUGCAUAUUACUUAGACAGCGAUAAGGGACUUUGUAUACCUGUGUGCUAGUCGAUGUUUCCAUUGCGCGUUUGAAACCCCCUCUCAGAAUCAAUACUAUCCUAAGCCAUCCUCAUAGUGUUCUAUUGUGAAUGAUCCCUUUAAAGUUACAAGUCUUCUUUCACUAUGAGAACUCACAACUUUGGAUCUAUGAUUGGUUGAGCUAACAGAUUUCAAGUAUUCGGUGAAGACCUAAUAUCUAUACAUAUAAUAAAUCUGUAAUGUUAAUUAACGCGCAAUGGAAAAGUAUCAAGAUAUGUAUUCCAUACAGUGUACUUGAUUUUGUAGUUGACUGACUUGAUACUUUUACAGAAGAAUUCUUUAAAGACAGUUGAAAUUACCACUUUGCAAUGCAUUUAGAAAGUUUAAUCUCCUUUGUUUUACUAUCAACGAGAAGGUCAGUUGACUACAAAAUUAAAUAAAUAGACCACUAGCACCAUAUAUUUACAGUAAUCGUUGUUUCAAAGAGUAUGCGAUAAUCGUAUAUUUUUUCAAAAGUAUGACACAUUGUCUACUGAAAAUAGUACUUGUACUGUUUGUAUAAAAAUAAUAAUUAAUCUAAUUCGUAAAGCUUAUUGAAUAAAGUCUUAAAAAGUAGUGUGAAGUGUCUAAGUGUGUAGUUCGUACAAUUAAUAGAAAAAUUGUCCCUUUCGCUCGUCUAGAUUAACUACAUUUUGUACAAUAGAAACCGGUUUCACUGCUUCCCGAUAAAGUUUAAUUAUCAGAUUAAUUCAUAAUUGUAACUUUUGCGUUGUAAUUUUCAUGAAAUUAUCUGCCAUGGUUAAUCGUAACUUAUCUAAGAGUAGUGAAACUGGCUAAAGUUAAAUUGUAUCAUCAUGAAAAGCUUUGAAACUCAACUAAUGUAAAAAUGUUUUAAAGAGAGCAAAGUGAGAUUGCAUUGAGUUUACUUUGUUAAAAAGUAAGAUGAUUUACUAUAGUAAGUAACAUCUGGUUUAAAAUUAAUUGACGGUAUGGAAGUUAUCUUCCUACUUUAAAAAUGUCUUACAUCUCUCUUUGUUUUCUAUAAUGUCAGUAAUAAAUAGUACUUAUAUAAGUCUAACGCUCUUUUGAAAAAACAUGAUUCGAGUGCGUUUUGAACUUUCCAACUUAGCCGUAUCUUGUGAUUAAAAUGUCCUAAAUAUCAAAUAAACUUUGCCUAACUUAAAACGUCACUUUUUUGCAUACGGCAAUACCAAACCAAGUUACGUAUGACAGAAUGUAGUGUUGCAAGUAAACACAUUGUUAUUUUUCUACCAUCGCAAUUAAAUGAGUUUUCAGAAGAGUAGCGAAACUGCGAAUGGCUUGUAAUAUGUUUUUUUAUUCUAAUAUGGCGGUCUAUUCGGCUCUGUGGCUCUCUGUGGGCGUUUUACUUGUGGACGGAUGCUCCUGUAUGCCGCGUAAUUAUAAAUGUCUGUGCAAAUGCGUGUACGUAUGACUGGCUCCCAGUAUGCUUGUGUCCUAUUCAAUAUUCAAUAAUGUAAGGUUAUGCUCGCGACUGCAACUUCGGCGACACACCUGCGACUUUUUUAUCGCAAACCCCCAUUUUUUUAUUAUUGAGAUUAUUUCAUUGACCGCAGGACGCGUUUCUUAUGUCGAAGUUGUAAUCGCUUAUGUCGCAGUAAAUUCUAUGAUGACAGAAUUCAAUGAUGGAAAUAUUGGAAGUAAAAUAAGUAGUAAGCAUCUAAGCAUAAAUAUCGUAACGAAGCCGUAGUUUGUUGAUAAAUAUAAUGAACAAAAUUGCGCCCACAGUAUUCGAACCGAUUUGGUUUAAAGUAACUAAGAAUGUACUAACCAUAUACGUACAUUCUCAGGACAUAAUUUUUACUAUAAGGAAUGUCCUAGAUUUUAAAUAUAAUUAAGUUUCAUGUGACUUAAGUAAAUAACACGUAGAAAAUAUUUUAUCCCAGUAUACGUGAUACAACUAGCGUGCAUUUACAAUAUUUUAAUUAGCAAAACAUUGCUUAAUAAUUAACACCUGAUAAUAAUAGCGAUUGGUAGUUUUCAUAUCGUCCUGUAGUAGGUUGGGGUUGCCUCAGUAAAAAAAUCUGAGGAAUUAGUAAUUUAAUGAUUUUCACGUUAGUUUUGAAUUAGCCAAGUGGUCAAUACGUGGGCGUAUUUAGAAUUAAUGGUAACACCGUCCCUUCAGGUCGGUCGAUAGGACUUCGCGUAGCAUUGCUUUGUCGCCUUACUUCUUAUGCGAUCGUAGUUCGCACUGCUUCGCAGAACUGGCGCUUACCUAAUGUUAAGAUGUCACCCGAUGAUUUUAACCGUUAAUAGAACUUAAAAUAUUGUCAACUUUCAUAAUAUCAGGAUUUCAACUUGAAUUGUACCUUGAGAAAUCGAUAUUACGUUCUUACAGAUAUUCAAAUAUUAACGGUCAAUUUUGUCAGUGUUGCCAAUCUCCACCGAUAGUUACCAUUCGGAAGAAAAUAAAGGUCGCAUAAGAGUAACGGUUAGCGAUAACUGAAGGUUUUCUUUUAUUUAAUUGCUAUUGAAUGUGUUAGACUGAUACCCGCGGCUGACUGCCGAUCAAAUUGAAUCAUUGAUCUAUGUAUGAAAAGAAUUGUAUAUUAAUUUCUUAAAUAAAAUACUUCUGAAAAUUU